UGAUAACAAGAACAAGAGAGCAAGAGAGCCGAACGUGACGACAAAUCGCUCGCGCCUUCCUUCAUAUCAGCCGCAACCACCAGCGAGAGUUUUAGCAGCUGACCCCACGCCACAGCAACGCAAUGGCCGGCGGCGACCGCGGCUCGUCCGAGGCCGAGGCGGAGCUCCGCCGGGGCUUCGAGACCCUCGCCGUGUCGCGGCCGGACCCCUCCGCCAUGGUCUACGAGAUCCGCCUCAACCGCCCCGCCCAGCGCAACGCGCUCAGCCCGGCGGCCUUCGCGGAGAUCCCCCGCGCCAUGGCGCUCCUCGACCGCCUCCCCUCCGCGCGCGCCGUCGUGCUCUCCGCCGCGGGCCCCCACUUCUGCUCGGGCAUCGAGCUCGGGGGCCCCGGGAAUCCGCUCGCCGCCGACUCCAAGGGCGCCGACCCCGCGGCCGCGGCCGAGGGCCUUCGCCGCAAGAUCCUCGAGAUGCAGGCGGCGCUGACGGCGCUCGAGCAGUGCCGGAAGCCGGUCAUCGCGGCCGUGCACGGCGCCUGCGUCGGCGGCGGCGUCGACAUCGUCGCCGCCUGCGACAUACGGUACUGCUCCAGGGACGCCACGUUCGUGGUCAAGGAGGUGGACAUGGCCAUCGUCGCCGAUCUCGGCACGCUGCAGCGCCUCCCGCGGAUCAUUGGGUACGGCAACGCUGCCGAACUCGCGCUCACCGGGCGCAAGAUCACCGCCAUGGAGGCCAAGGAGAUGGGGCUGGUGAGCAGGGUGUUCAAUUCCAAAGAAGAAUUGGAUGCCGGCGUUGCAAAGAUCGCCAAAGAAAUAACUGAGAAGUCAGCAUGGGCUGUGAUGGGAACCAAGGCUGUUUUGCUGAGAAGCAGGGAUGUGACAGUAGAACAGGGCCUGGAGCAUGUGGCGACAUGGAAUGCGGCGAUGCUAAGAUCUAAUGAUCUGAAGGAGGCCAUCAGAGCCUUCCUGGAGAAGCGGAAGCCUGUGUUCUCCAAGCUGUAAUGAUCAAACACCAAACUUUCACAGGAGAACAGUGCUAUGUAUUUGAGGUGAAAAGAAUAAGUGAAGUGUUAGAAGUAGACAAGAAGUACCAUCUGUGGUAGCAAUUGGCAAAGCAUCCAUUCUUGUCGAUGGAGCUUACGUUGUUGGGGAUUAAGUUGAAUUGAAUUUGUUUUCGUUGAUAUAUGUCAGAUGACCCCUGGGUGUUCUUGCUU